AUGUUAAAGUACUUUCAUGAUUUAUCUAAUGAGUACUUUUAAAGUACAUACAAUGCUUAGACUAUGAGUAAUUGUAUCUAAGGUUUAUAUGAGUAUCUGAAAUAGGAGAAGAAUGAAGAUCAAUUCGUCUUGAAUAAUGGAGGAAUUAAACUUAUCAAUCCAUUCUAAUGGCAUUUUGAAAAGUAAUAUUCAAUAUGUUUAACAUUUAAUCCUUAAGGAGAUGGAACACUUUUCUAAUUUUCAUCAUCUCAUAUUGAUGGCAAAAGAAUCAUUGCUAAUGGAGUUCAUUGUUAUAUUAUGGCUGGUGUCAUAUUCUAUAAAAAUGUAUAUUAGAGAUUCACACUUGAAAAAGUUAUUGUAGAAGAUUAUUCUACCAAUAAUAAAUUAGGAGAUGCACUUAUGAAUGCUUGGAAUGAAUUAAUUAUUUCACAUGAAUGUGGAAAACUAUAUUCCAGACCAAAGUUUAUAUAUUCAAUUAAUCAGAAAAAAAAUAGUGUACAGAUUGAGUAUCCUAAAAUUAGGAAUCAAAAUCUAGAAAUACUUUACUUUUAAAAUAUUAAAUGUAAAGUUAAAGAAAUCUCAGUUUAUAAUGAAGUUGUUGAUUUACAUCUCAAAUCACCAUUUUAUUAAAUCUAUCCUAUUUAUGAUCCAAAUUAAUAAAAAAGAGUUAAUGAUAGAAUCUAAAAUGUUGUCUAUGAACUCUUAGGAGAUACCAAAAUGACAUCAUCAUUAUAAAAAUAUGAUUUUGUAGAAUUUGGAGGUAUUCAAUUACUUAUUCCACUUUUUGAUCUUAUUUAAUAUUAUGAUCAUUCUCUAAUUGAUGAUUUAUUUCAAAUCCUACUUUACACUCUAUUAUAAGAUAGUUAAAUCAAUAAAAAUUAAAUUGUUAAUAUGAAACUAUUUUAAUAAAUUGCUUAAAUUAUUAAAGUUGAUAUUCCUAAUCUCUCUUACAUUUUAUAAAUUAAAUAAAAAAUUGAAGACUAAGAUAUUUUAAAUCAACUUUUAUUAUUAAUCAUUGAUAUCAAUUUUAUCAAACGAGUCACUGAUGAAUAAUAAUAUUGUAUUCUUCUCUAACAAUUCUAUAUCAAUGAUCAUUAAAAAUAUUUAAAAGUCACAUCAAUCUAAUACCUAGCUCAAGUCUUAGUUAGUGUCAAUUAAAAAAGUUUAAUUCAAGAUCAAAUACUAUAAAUUAUGAUCUAUACCUGUUAAUAUAACUUUAAUACACUAAAAGAUCAAUUCAAAUUAUUCUUAAAAGUAGCUGAAGCCUCUACAAUUGAACUUAAAAUUAAAGCAAUUUAAAGUGCUACCAGAUUACUUUCAGAUUUAUUUAGAGAUGAUUAAGAAAAUUUCAUUCUUUUCAGAAAUUACAACAUUUAAAAUCAAAUACUAAAUGAUAUCUUUCUUCUCUUAUAGACUGAUAGCAUAGAUUGCUUAGUAGCUACUAUUACAUUAUUAGGAUAAAUGCUUCAUGGCACUAAUGAUAUCUUAACUUAAGGAAUGAUCUCAUAUAUUUCUAAAGCUAUUUGUGUAAACAAUAACAUUGAUAAUCUUUUAAAUUCUUUAACAUAAUUACUCAAAAUUAAUUGUUUAUGUGUUGAAAUACUUUAAUAUCUAUAUACUUAAACUAGAUAAUAAAACAUUCUUGAGUAUUACCUCAAUUAUGUCAAUAAAAUAAGUAUUGAAUAAUAAUAACUUAUACUUAAAUAACAUUCUAUAUGGUUUUUAGAUUAAAUGAAAUUUGAAAUUAAUCAUAAAAUUCUAGAUAUUUUUCUGUGUCUCCUAAAAUUUAAUCCUCAAUUUAUGUUUUAAAUACUAAUCCAUUUUUAGAUUAGAAAAGAUUUAUCAGCACUUAUAACUGUUGUUACUGAAGUUAUUGAACUUUUUAAUGAAGAACAAAUAUAUUCUGUAUAAUAGAUGAUACUUUAAAUUUAUUUCUCUGUUCAAUCAUUUAAAAAUUUUGAAACAUUUUUAACUAAAUUAAUUAAAUAUGUUAUAUAUUUAGAAAAUGAACAAGAAUUAUCAAAAAUAGUUUAAUAAAAAGAACUACCAUUUGCUAUUCAAAAAGUUAUUAAUUUAAGUUGUCCAAUUGAUAAACUAAAAGAAUGGUUAUUCUAUUUUACUAAACUUUUUGAAUAAAUUAAAAAUCUUAAUAUUGAAGAUAGUGAAAACUUUAUAAAUUAAAUCAUUGAUUUACUUAAAGCAAUUCAAUCUUAAUCUUAAGAUUAAUAAAUAAAAGAGAACAUUGAAUAUUUUUUCACUCAAAAUGUUUUAAUUCUUCAAUCCCUUUCUUAACAAUAAGUGCAAAUAUUUGAUUCAAUUAAAUUUUAGGAAGAUUUCCAGAUAUUGUAAGAAUCAUUAUUACUAGAAUGGACAUAAUAAUAAUAAGAUAUUAAAAUGGCCUAAUCAGAACAGUUAUCUAAACUAACUGAUGAAAUCAAUUAAACUGUAGAAUCAAUGUAAGUAUCAGUUUAUAAUUUAAUGAAUAAAACUAGAAAGAUUAGAUAACGAUGGUGUAAGCUUUGGCAUAAUUUAAGAAUAACAGCUUAUAGACCAACAGAUUGUAAAUUUUAAGUAGAUGAGUAAAUUGAUCAUGAUUACAAAUUUAAAGAGAAUCCCUUUUAUAUAAAUAAAAUUGCAAAAUACAUAAAUAAAUAUUAUGCUCGUCCAAUUUUAAAAAUAAAGUUUAAAAAGAAUCCUUAAUUUGAGAAUGAUCCCUAAGUACUUUUAGAAAAGAAAUAAUAGUAUAAAUGUUUUUGGUUAAAGAGUUUGUAUUUAAAAUAAGGUGGUGUAACAAUAGGUGAGGAUAAAAUAACAUUUUCUUAUUACUAAUAUUCAUAAUAAGCAAAUCAUAUUACUUUAUUAUCACAUACAAUUCCAAAUCAUAAACCAUUUAAGAAAUCAUGGAAAAUAAAUUCAAUAAGAUGGCUGUAUGAGAGAAUAUAUAUAAGAAAUAGAAAUGCAAUUGAAAUAAUAUUUAAAGAUGGAGAAUCAUUAUAUUUGAUAUUUUAAGAUUAAGGAUUGAAAGAAGAAGUAAUAGAGAGAUUGAAAAUAUAGCCAAAACAAUGUGAUUUUAAUAAAGUGAGCAAUUUCAAAUAUUUGAUGUAUUUGAAUUUUUUAUCUUGCAGAUCUUAUAUAGAUUUGACAAGAUAUCCAGUAUUUCCUUGGGUUUUAAAAGGAAAUGCUUCAGAUUUUGAUGAUAACGAUAUAGCAUCAAUAUAAAAUGAGAUAAAUUAUCGAGAUCUAUCUCUCCCAAUAGGGGCAUGUGGUAGUGAGAAUAGAUUAGAUUAAUUUAUUAAGAGAUUUGAAAAUGAAUAGUUUUAUUAUGGAACACAUUAUUCAAGUUAAGCAUUGGUGUCUUAAUAUUUAGUAAGAUUGAGUCCAUUUACAGAAGCAGCAAUAUCAAUAUAAGAUGGUAAAUUUGAUAUUCCAGAUAGACUUUUUAGAUCAAUAAUGAAAUCAUGGAUGGAUUGUAAUAAUGAAAUGGCUGAUGUAAGAGAAUUGACUCCUGAAUUCUUUUAUUUACCUGAAGCAUUUUUAAAUCUAAAUGGAUAUAAUUUUGGUAAAUUAUAAAAUACUUAAAUUGUAAACAAUGUUUAAUUACCAUUCUAUUCAAAUAAGAAUCCUUUUUAUUUUGUGGCUUAAAAUAUGAUUGCAUUAGAAAGUGAGUAUGCAAUUAAAUUAAAUGAAUGGAUUGAUUUAAUUUGGGGAUAUAAAUAAUAAGGACCUGCUGCAAUUGAUUCAUUUAAUGUAUUUUAUCCAUUGACAUACUCUAAUUUUGAUGAAAACAGUAUAGAAAUUCAUGAGUUAGCUAUGGAAACAUAGAUUGCACAUUUUGGUUAAACACCAGAAUAAGUAUUUUAUAAACCACAUGCUUAAAAGAAUUAUUUAAUAGAUAAAAAUUAAUGGUAGAUACCAAAGAAUAAAAAAUCAUAAUGUAAAUUAAUCUAUUUAAUUUGUAAUAAUAAUAAAGUUGUUAGUAUAUAAGAGGAUUUUACAUUAAUUUAAUGGUAGAUACUUAAAAGUUAAUAUCAAUUGCAAUUAGAAAAAUAGGUUUAAUUACCUCGAGUACGUUUUGAUGCAAUGAUUAGAUUCACAUAACUACCAAUACUUGUAUUGAUUGAAUAAUAAAUCAUAUUAUUUGGUGGAAAUAACAACGGAACACUUACAUAUUAAUGUUUAGAUAAUUUGAAGAUGUAAGGAGUGAUUGAACUGGAAAGUGAGAUAAUAAAUAACUAUUGCACUGUUACUAUUAUUGAAUCUAACAAAUAUCAAAAUAUUGUUAUACUAGGAACUAAUAAGGGAUUUGUGUAUUAUUAUAAUAAGGUACUUCAAAAUAAAUAAGAUGUAAAAUAAGAGGAAUUAUUAAAAGGUAAAUACGUCAUCUAUGACACAACAUCAUAAAUCAAUUCAAUUUCAAUUUCAGAUAAGCUGACUAUCUUUUGUGUAGGAACUUAAGAUGGAACUAUAUUCAUAUAUAAUUUGUAUAACCGCACACUCUUUAGAUAUAUUAAUCAUCCAAAAAGACUACCUAUUUUUUAUUUAAGACUAAGUUAUUCACCUUUACCUUGCAUUUUGUUUAGUUCACAUGAUGAAAGGAUUAUAUCUUAUUCAAUAAAUGGGUUCCUAUUACAAUCCUUAUAAGUGAAAGGAAAUAUAGAAUAUAUUGAAAUAAAGAAAUCUUCCAUAAAUACUUUGGUAUCAAAUUUAUAAUAAAUUUUAGAUUGUGAUCACAGAAAAUAAUGUUUAUGAAUAUAGAUUACCAUUUUUGGAUAGACUAUCAGUUGUAUCAGCCUAGAUUUGUACAAGAUAUGUAUAGGCAACAAAACAAAUUUCAAUAUAUGGUUGUAAAUCUGGUGAACUACGUAUAAUUUGAG